GAAAGUGCAGUGAAUAUUGUUUAGGGCACACGGCUGCCAGAAGCUUCCAUUUUCAAACGUAUAUUUUUCGGUUUUCCGUCAAACGCGUUCAUCUCCGGUUUCAGAUUUCCCUUUUUGAUCCAUAUCGGAACGCAGGAUCGGUUGGUUUCUUCUUCUUUAAUCACUAGGUGGGUUGUGUAGAAAUGGCAAGCGGGCUUGGGGAAUCGACGAGUAGGCAACCUCAAAGUCCUUCUUGUUCCGAUAACAAUGGUGAUGCUAGUAAUUUUGAGUGCAAUAUUUGCCUGGAUUUAGCUCAAGAUCCUAUUGUAACCCUAUGUGGUCAUCUUUUCUGUUGGCCAUGUCUUUAUAAGUGGCUGCAUAUUCAUUCUCAUCCCCAGGAAUGUCCAGUUUGCAAGGCUAUCAUUGAAGAGCAAAAAUUGGUUCCUUUAUAUGGCAGGGGGAAGACAUCGACUGACCCGAGAUCGAAAGGUAUUCCUGGAAUUAAUAUUCCUAAUCGUCCUGCGGGACAGAGACCUGAAGCAGCAGGUCCUCCCCCAGAACCAAAUCCUUUUCCUCACAAUGGGUUUGGAUUCAUGGGAGGACUUGGAGGGUUUGCCCCAAUGGCAUCGACGAGGUUUGGCAAUUUUACUUUGUCUGCAGCUUUUGGUGGUCUUGUCCCAUCUUUAUUCAACUUUCAGAUGCAUGGAUAUGCAGAUCCAAGCAUGUAUGGUGCAGGCGCUAACUUUCCUUAUGGGUUUCCUAACAUGUUUCAUGGUAGCCAUGGUCAUGCCCAUGGAUACUAUCACCAGCUUCGUCAAGGUCAGCAAGAUUACUAUCUGAAGCGCCUGCUUUUGUUGAUUGGUUUUUUUGUUCUUCUUGCCCUAAUCUGGCAAUAGAAGAAAGAAUCCAUUAGGGCUUAUAUUACUUCGUGGUGUUUAGUGUAUUCAAUCUCUAAUAUAAGAAUUAAAAAAAAUAAUUAAAAAAAAAAAUCUGCUGGUACAUUGUUUGAUAUCUCAUCAUUCAUCUUGAUUUGUCUUACUGUAUGUUGAAUGGUCAUCGACUUUCUAUACUUAGGCAUGGUGAACAUGAGCUUACAUGCUUAUGCAAUUGUAUUUCGAAGGUUUUCAUUUAUGCAUAUAUACAUCAUACACAGAUUUAUUUGCUGACCA